UGGAAACCAUUCAUUGCAUGAAUUGCAAUGAAUCAACCAAAACUGCAGAGAUUGAAAAAAAAAAAGAUGGUGAGUUUCAAAAAACCAUCAGCUGUAACAUCAUUCAUUCCCAGAAUGCUGCAUUUUCAGGCGAACCCAAUUCGUUCCACUUAAUUUCAUCAGCGAGUGUGUGAGAGCGUGCACUUAACGGGAUCAAGCCCCCUGCAAAGACGAAAAGACACAAGGAGAAUCCCUGGAGAGGCUGUAUUGUUUUAUGUAAUCACCAAUGAAGUCCUUCUUCUGAUCUGCAGGGCUGCACUCCCCACUGGGAAGAUUGUGCAAAGACAAUGGCCUCAUAAUUAUUUUAACUGAAGAUACAGGACGUUUAACACAUGCACUGACAUAUCAGCCAUCACAGCUAACCCCGUCUUUCUCACCCAGGUUUCAACAUGACCCAGAAUCUAGACGUGAACAGCACCUGGGAGGACGGGAACCCUCCAAAUUCCUCAAGACCGCGGGAAAACCCUGCGAGCCAUCCGAACAUCACCUACGUCGACUUCUACCUGCACAAGCCCUCCGUGGCCGCCGUCUUCACCGUCUCCUACCUGCUCAUCUUCCUGGUGUGCAUGGUGGGCAACGGGGUGGUGUGUUUCAUCGUGCUGCGCAGCAAGAACAUGCGCUCCGUCACCAACCUGUUCAUCCUCAACCUCGCCAUCAGCGACCUGCUGGUCGGCAUCUUUUGCAUGCCGACGACGCUGGUGGACAACAUCAUAACAGGUUGGCCAUUCGGUAGUGUGGUGUGUAAGCUGAGCGGGAUGGUGCAAGGGAUAUCUGUAUCGGCCUCCGUGUUCACUCUAGUGGCUAUAGCUGUUGACCGGUUCCGCUGCAUCGUCUACCCUUUCAAGCAGAAGCUGACCAUCACCACUUCAAAGCUAAUUAUCGUCAUCAUAUGGGUGCUGGCGGUAUCCAUCAUGUGUCCUUCGGGGGUUAUGCUCCAGGUCACGAAGGAGCAGAGCGUGCGGAUAGUGCUCGGCCGCGACAACGACACCCGGCCCUUCUACUGGUGCCGGGAAAAUUGGCCCACUCAGGAGAUGAGGAAAAUCUACACCACCGUCCUCUUCGCUAACAUCUACCUCGCCCCUCUCAGCCUCAUCGUCGUCAUGUACGCCCGCAUCGGUUUCACCCUCUUUAAGACCAGUAUUCCUCCAGUGGGGGGUGCGCCCGGAGAAGGCAGCGGCAACAACAAGCUGAGCAUGGAAGGCCGUCACACGAUCUCACGGAAGAAGAAGCGCGUGAUCAUGAUGCUGCUCAUCGUGGCCCUGCUCUUCAUCUUGUCCUGGCUGCCUCUGUGGGCUCUGAUGAUGCUGAGCGACUACGCCAGCCUGACGGAGCACCAGUACCGCGUCAUUAAUAUCUACGUCUAUCCUUUGGCUCACUGGCUGGCCUUCUUCAACAGCAGCGUCAACCCCAUCAUCUACGGGUUCUUCAACGAGAACUUCCGCAGAGGCUUCCAGGCGGCCUUCAAAUUCCAGCUGUGCUCCGCCGACAUCGUGCGGCAGAGGACCUACUCGCACCGGAUCAGGGGGAACGCCGUGCUCCCGGUGCAGCCGGCCGCCCACGACGGGUCGGCCUCCAGGGUCGCGUCGGUGCCAGUGGGAAACGGAAGGUGCUCGUGUCACCAGGGAGACUGCACGGCCGGUAAAAGCGACGUUAAAGAGCAGGACCUGAUCAUGGAGGACUUGGAGAAAGUGUCCCACAUUUAGACUGACUAAGAAUGUGCUUAAAGACACUUUCACCAACACAGAGGCUUCUGGAGAAUGGUGUGUUGCAUUCAUUGGACUACGAAAAACAUAAAACACAAGACUGAAAUCCAUGUGCAUUUGUUGCAGAGGAAUGUACUUUAUUAAUUUAUUGUGACGUGGACGGUCCUUGUUUAUGAACUGUAGUAAAGUGCCAGUAAAUAGCGCAGCGUUAGGUACUUAAGCUAAUUUCCAGCUGCAGUCCCCGGCCAGGUGAUAAAGGGCAUCAUAAAAUAAAAACAAUACGAGAUAUUAUCAACAUUGGUUAAAAGGGGAAAGAAAACUAUAACAAUUAUUUUUUAAAAAGCAACAGCAGAGCACAGAAAGUGAAUGUUUUUUCAUGGUGUAAAUAGCAAAAAAAAAAAAAAAAAAAAAUUAUAUAAACAAAGUUUAAACACUUGGUUAAAGUCUUAAUUUUAAAUAGUCAUGAGUAAAUAAGCAGAGUUUUGGGUGUUAAUGUCGUUGUCCUUAAAAUCACACAGUGGUCGAUUUGGUGACAUCUGUAACCAUAGUAACAGCAGGCUCUCCUUGCACACGCUCCCUGAGCUGAACAAUAUGAAAGCAGAACGAACGGCGAGAGUGUUUACUGCACGGCCAAAACAAAAAUAGAAAUCAUUCUGUUUUAACUGAAUAAUCAGCGAAAA